GGGGCCGGACUAACCAUGGCCGAGGGCGGGGAGGAGGCGGAGUUCUGCCUCACGGCGCUCUACAUAAGCGGCCAGUGGCAGCGGCUGCGCGCUGCUUCUGACCUUCAGGGUGUCGGCAGCAGCGCCAUGGCGCCCUCCAGGAAGUUCUUCGUCGGGGGGAACUGGAAGAUGAACGGGCGGAAGAAGAACCUGGGGGAGCUCAUCACCACUCUGAACGCAGCCAAGGUGCCGGCCGACACCGAAGUGGUUUGUGCACCCCCCACCGCCUACAUCGACUUUGCCAGGCAGAAGCUGGACGCCAAGAUUGCUGUGGCUGCACAGAACUGCUACAAAGUGACGAACGGGGCCUUCACUGGGGAGAUCAGCCCUGGCAUGAUCAAAGACUGUGGAGCCACGUGGGUAGUCCUGGGGCACUCUGAAAGAAGGCACGUUUUUGGGGAGUCAGAUGAGCUGAUUGGACAGAAAGUGGCCCAUGCCCUGGCAGAGGGACUUGGAGUAAUUGCCUGCAUUGGGGAGAAGCUAGAUGAGAGGGAAGCUGGCAUCACUGAGAAGGUUGUUUUUGAGCAAACCAAGGUCAUCGCAGAUAAUGUGAAAGACUGGAGCAAGGUUGUCCUGGCCUAUGAGCCUGUAUGGGCCAUUGGGACUGGCAAGACUGCAACACCCCAACAGGCCCAGGAAGUACACGAAAAGCUCCGCGGAUGGCUUAAAUCCAACGUCUCUGACGCCGUGGCUCAGAGCACCCGUAUCAUUUAUGGAGGUUCUGUGACUGGAGCAACCUGCAAGGAGCUGGCAAGCCAGCCUGACGUGGAUGGCUUCCUCGUGGGUGGGGCUUCCCUCAAGCCAGAGUUUGUGGAUAUCAUCAAUGCCAAACAAUAAGCCCCCCGGCCAUCUUCCCUGUUCUUCCUGCUAAGCCAGGGACUAGAUAGCUCAGAAGCUCAGUAACAGUGCUCCUCCCCCACCCCACACAUGCUUCUGAUGGUGUCGUCCUCUUUGUGGCCAAAGUAUACCUCUUCCUUAAUGUUUACACCUUCCCCUGUAAUGGCUGGGACCAGGCCAAUCCCUUCUCCACGUAACAAACGAUUGGAACGAAACAUGUCACCAAGGUGGCUUCUCGAUGGCUGAGAGAUGGAAGGGGUGGCAUUUGUUCGUGGGCCCCCUCAGACCCCAGUGAGGGCAGGAGAGAGAAGCCAUCCUCGUCUCCCAUCUCGCUCCCUGAGGCCAGGGGCUGAGAGAACGCCCUGUCCUUCACCCAGAGGCCAGAGGUGCUGCUCUCUCCCAUCAUGCCAAUGCCUGUGUGUGUUGUGUAUGUGAGCAAUCCCACGUGUGGGGGGGCAAUAAACACCUGGCACUGA